AUGGAAAGCCAUUCGCGUGAUUCCGAGUUUAGUUCGGAGGUCGAUCACCAAGAAUUUGAAGAGAAGAUAACGAUGUUCCUGGCUGAUGAAGAGACAGCUAAAACUAACCCAUUAAACACAAGGAUACACAACCCUUAUCAAUAUGUUUACCGUAGUGAUAGUUACUCUUGUGUUCUGGCAGCUAAACUUUGUCUUUCAAGCUAUGUAAAGAAACAACCAAAAAUAAUAAACCAUCUGACGGAUAACAAGAAGUUUACAGAUAACGAAGACAUUCAGAUAAUAAUAACGAAAAUCUUGCUCUUUGAAGCCUUGUUACAAGUUGUCAUCAUCAACUUAAGACAUCAUGAAACUAUGAAGUUCAAAGAUGAAGUUGACCCAGAGACUCUUGAAAAGUUCAAGAGUGACACUCUCCUCCAAGAAUUAGAGGAGAGUGAAAAUUUCAAGACUAAAGAGCAACUUGAAAACCAUCUCACCAACAUUUCAGAGAAGUUUGGCUAUAUUAGCAAGGAAAUACUCACCAGCUGGAUGACUGGCACUGAAUUUAUUUGAAUAUCAGCAGUUUACUGAGUCACACAGGCUCUUAAGAGAACUCUCAGUAUGGCGAACCUACCUUCUGACUGAGUAAAAGAUAGGGAAAAUAAUGACAAGAAAAUAUUCAUCAGCUUGGCUCACCGAAUAGCAUGCCUGUUUGAUUAUCUAUAUGCUGCAUGUCUUGAUGAUCCAUCUGAUAUUUUAUACCAAAAUGAUCCUGAGAGUGAAGACUUAAAGCUCCUUCUUGACUGAUGAAGCUUCUCAAUGGUGGAGAAUCUACAAGAGCACCUUGAAAAUGAUAAAUAAACGGAUGAUCGACAAACAGGAACAAAUAGCGAUUGCAUUGAGAAGUUUUAAGCACAAAAGUUCUGUCGGGCAAGCUUUCUCCAGCUUCUCCUGGUCAUUCUAUUAUAAAAUUAAGAAACAAAAAGCUAGUGAUAACGUUACUUUUCUUGCUUCAAUAUUUGACAAAGAUGAGCUUAUCAAAGUUUUUCAUCUCAUCCAAUCAAGCUUUAUGGAGAAACCGGAAAGUAAGAAGGACCUACCAAAAUGCGAAGUAAAAAGAACAAUAACUAUUCCUUUCUGACAAGAUGAUAUUCUCAGGAUUGAUAACUUACUGAGCGAGGAUCGGCCAGAGAUGAUCAAGAAUGAAUUCGAUCUCCCCUUUAUUAAAUCAAGCGACAGAAUUGAUCUUUCAACUCACAUGAAGAUCAGAGUAAACUGAGAAUAUAAUUGGAGUAGAGUCAACUGGAAAAAGGCUCGCCUUGCUGACCCUGACUCUGACUGAAUACACUAUGAUGGUGUCAUUUUGUAUAUACAUGGAGGAGGUUUUAUAGCAGGAUCCUCUGAAUUUUCACAAUUUUACACCAUCAACUAUGCGAAAGAAACUGGAUACCCAGUAUUCUCUUUAGAUUAUAGGUUAGCUCCUGAGCAUAAAUUCCCUUGUGCCUUAAACGAUUGUUGGCAAGCUUACCUCUGGAUUGUGAAAUAUGCAAAGAAAUACUUAAAAAUAACAUAUGAUAAAAUUAUACUAAUGGGAGACUCAGUAGGUGGAAACCUUUGUAUUGGAGUUACAGCACUGAGCAUUAUAAAACACUGAAAAAUUCCAGAUGGUUUGAAUCUGAUAUAUCCAAUCCUUUCUUUCUCUAAAGUAUCUUUUGCUCCAUCUGCUUUACUAACUCUAGAUGACUUAAUGUUAAGUUGAGUCUUUUUAAACACCUGUGGAGAUUUUUAUGCUGGAAAUGAUCUGAAAUAAAGAUCCUCCUUUCCUCCUCUCAGUAAAUAAACUCCCUGAUAAAACUCUUAGACGAUUCCCUCCAUGAAGAUUUGUUCUCGCUGGUCAAGACCCUUGCAGAGACGAAUGCUUAAGAUUCAUCCUCCGUCUCAGAAAGCAACAAGUUGAUGUCAAAUGAACUGAAUUCACAGAUCUCAUCAAUGGAUUUAUCGGCAGUGAAAGAGACUCUUAUCCAAUCCUUGAGUCCAAAAAAGCAAUAGGAGUGAUAAUAGAGUACCUGCAAUACCUCUCCAAAGAAGAUGAUGACUAUUAGAACCUAUUUUAUUUCAUAUAAUUUUUAGCUCAUUUCAAUG